GGCUGCCGGGACCGACACAGGCCCGAUCGAGAAUAAAGGAAGGGGGUGCUCUCACGGAUACGCAAUAUGGCUUGGGAAGGCACAUCACAACCAAGCUUGCUCGCAAGCUCAUUGGCGCUCAUGUAAGGGUAGCAUUUUACCAAGCUAGCAAUGGCAAGCGCGCUAAGGUUAGCACAGGCUGCGGCAUCGUUCCUGCAACAGAUCCGCUGUGUACGUAGAUCGGCCUUUGCCGCCCCGCUCUCACACGCUUCUUACCUCCGAUGCUGUACCCCGACCCUCCCUGGUGGUCCUCUUCAGAUCUGGAUCCUAACUCUCUUUCGGGAAAAUAGUCUAAGACACAUGCACCCUUUUAUUAAGAACCCUUGUCUUUUUGUUUCCAGUACUUGUCGGAUUCUCCUCCCCCGCAGCACCCGGCACACAUGCUGUCGCUUCAGCUUCCGAGUCACAUCCAGUCAAAUCCAGUGUUAUCCAGUGCACCCCUUCUGUGAUCUGAAAGUAAUUGUCUGGCCAAAUUCGUGCCUGGUGCUUGGACUGAGUGUAUCAUACACGAAACGUAGCUCGACACCGAGGUCCCGAGGAAUCGCCGCGUCUUGUAACGACAAUAGCAAUGUAAAACCAGCGAACAAUGUUACAUGAAACGGCACACUACCGCAUACUGGGCUUGACCCUUGAAGCUUGAAAUUUUUUUGAUGACGGGAGGCCCCGUUGUUCCUAUCAUCGGCUUGAUCUGGGGCUCGUUGCACAUCAAUCAUUCUCGCACUGUCUGUGGUAAGCAGGCGUUGACAUCCGGUGACUGCUCCGAUGUCUACAGCACCUUCA